AUGCGCAGGGAACUGGCCAAUGGGAAUGUCCUGGCCCCAGCAGAGACACCAGGCUCUGAUCUAACUCAGAACGCCGGACUCCCUCAGAGCGCCGCAGCCCAUCUCUUGCACCCGCAGCACGCCCUGCACUCCAGAGGCUUCCUGCGAGCUGCAUGUGUUCGGCCCCACCUAGUUCCUCUGGCCUGUCCACGCCGUGCCGUGCCGGUCCACACCCUGUCCAGCCCACUCAAACCAUCCACACCCCUGUACACACUGACAGCUCAGGGCCGCUCCGGCCUGGUCGCCUUCUCCGGGCGCAUCCAGGGAACUCGCUCGGUCCUCCUUAAGCGGGAGGCGAUCUUAAUUAGUGAGAUCCAGAGCAGCUGGCUCCGGGGAGGGGAUGAGGGCGCCUUUAUCGGCCAGAAUGGUCCGCUUUCUCUGCCCAGCCCCUCCCCACGUCGGGCUCUGGCCGCCUGCCUGGUCCCUCCUGCUCUGGGCAGCUCGACUGCCUGUCGGCUGGGCCAAGGUUGGGGGACGGCUCAAGGGAGGUCAGAUGGGGUUAAGUGGAGGUGGGAAUCAGACAAGUUAAGUCAGGAACAGGCCGGAAUUCAAGCAGGGUCAGGUGGGGUCAGGUGCAGGGUGUGCCCCAAGCCAGUUGUGUCCCAGGGAGCUGGGGCGUGGGCUGUCUCUCACUGCCUUUGUGACCACACAGGGGAUGAGCUGGAGAUGAUCCGACCCAGCGUCUACCGCAACGUGGCUCGUCAGCUGCACAUCUCCCUGCAGUCUGAGCCUGUGGUGACCGAUGCGUUCCUGGCCGUGGCUGGCCACAUCUUCUCUGCAGGCAUCACGUGGGGCAAGGUGGUGUCCCUGUAUGCGGUGGCCGCGGGGCUGGCCGUGGACUGUGUGAGGCAGGCCCAGCCUGCCAUGGUCCACGCCCUCGUGGACUGCCUGGGGGAGUUUGUGCGCAAGACCCUGGCAACCUGGCUGCGGAGACGCGGCGGAUGGACUGAUGUCCUCAAGUGUGUGGUCAGCACAGACCCUGGCCUCCGCUCCCACUGGCUGGUAGCCGCACUCUGCAGCUUCGGCCGCUUCCUGAAGGCUGCCUUCUUCGUGCUGCUGCCAGAGAGAUGAGCUGCCCACCUGGGCAGUGGCCGCAGCCUGGCCCCCUGGGCCUGACGCAGGAGGCCCUCAGCACCCGAACACAUCUCCCUCCUCCCAACCCGAGCCUGGAGCACUCUAACCCUUGGAGACCCCCUAAGCCCCGUUCCUCCAGAGACCGAGGCCCUCCAGAAGGGGUGAGCGGGGAUAGGCUUGCCUGAGCCUGGAGCUGGGCUUUGGGGCAGCCUGCGACCCUCCCCGCUUGUGCCCCUUCUCCUGGCAUCUCUGUGUCUUCCCUUUUCUUUCUGGGGCCAGGAAGUCAGCGUCAACUCCCAGGCCCCAGAUGCAGGGGCCCGGAAACACUUGCUCUCCCCUGAGCCCCAAAUGCAGGGGCCUGGGAACACCGUGCUGUCACCUGAGCC